AUGGCACCUAAAGCAUACGUCUCCCCGGUGGUUGAUUCUACACUUGUGUUCAAGCAAGAUAUCUUUAGAGGGAAAGUCGUCUUCUGCACUGGCGGAGGAUCAGGCAUUUGUCGAGGGAUGACUGAAGCCAUGAUGCGACAUGGAGCAGAUGCUGCUAUAUUCGGUCGAAAACUUGAACGCCUCACGCAGACAGCCAGCGAAUUAUCGGAGGCAACAGGUAGAACGUGUAUCCCGACAUCAGGAGACGUUAGGCAGCCCAACAUGUUAAAAGAGGCAGUCGAGAAAACUCUACAGAGGUUUGGUAGAAUCGACUUCGUGAUAUGUGGCGCAGCCGGAAACUUUUUAGCCCCAAUAUCCGGCCUCUCUGAAAAUGCAUUCAGGACCGUGAUGGAGAUCGAUACAAUUGGAUCAUACAACACAGUCAAGGCUACUCUUCCCCACGUUCGGUUUAGCAAGGGGUCUUAUGUCUUUGUUAGUGCUACACUCCAUUACAAUGCGACACCAUAUCAGGCCCAUGUAUCUGCAGCAAAAGCAGGGGUGGAUGCACUCGCUAAGGUCCUUGCGGUGGAGGAGGGACCCCAUGGUGUUCGUUCGAAUGUUAUAGCUCCCGGCCCUAUCGGCAAUACAGAGGGCAUGGAACGACUUUCCAACAAGGCACCACAACACCUUGGGAUCAAUGCAGGACCUGUGGGACGUAUUGGGGACAUCAAGGAUAUAGCCAAUGCUACAGUUUUUCUGUUCAGUGAUGCAGCUUCGUUUAUCACAGGUCAGGUUUUACCGGUGGAUGGAGGCUGGGAGCAUUUAAGGACCACACAACUACCAUACCCUCAGGCCGUUCUCGACCCGAAAAGUGUGAACAACAUGAUCAAGUCCAGGAUGUAA